UCUGGCUGGCAGUUCAUGGCACUGUCUGCUGCUGGUAACACCUCUGGUAUGCGAAAGAGCGACAGCGGCUCCUUGUGUGAGAGCCACAAAGUUAUGCCGCCCAACCCUGGCGAUCGACGCACGCGCACCACACUCAUUUCAAAUAUGGCCACGAAUGGUGUUGCUGGUGUGGUGUGUUCUUCCAAAGAAGAUGUAAAGCUAGAAAAAUACGACGUAUGUAAACAAAAUGGGAAACCAGUAUUUACGGAAAGGAAAAAUGGCCUCAUUCGGGAUAUGCAAGAUGUCAAGAAAGUGGAUGAAUUAUUUAAUAAGGAAAAGCCAAAAAGAUCGAAAGAGUCUUUCGAACAGGUGCCACUAUAUACAGCCAUUAUGACAUUUAUAGGAUUUUAUUUAUUAAUGUUUCUCGGCUAUUUCAACCAAAUUUUUUUCACACCAAAGGUUGCCAAGGAGAAAAGCAACAGAGAGGGCUAUGCACCAUUAUAUGACAGAUUUGAAAGCUUUUACUUGCUCUAUGUGUAUCGCAGAGUGCGUGAUUGUUGGAAUCAACCAAUUUGCAGUGUUCCUGGUGCUGAGGUUAUGUUAAAAGACAGAAUUACAAGGGAUUAUGGGUGGACAUUUGAGUUUACAGGUACUGAAACACAGUGCCUAAAUUUGGGCUCUUACAAUUACCUAGGAUUUGCUGAAAAAACAGGCCCAUGUGCUGAUGCUGCUGAGAAGUCUAUAAAUGAAUGUGGCAUCUCCACAUGCAGUCCUGUACAAGAGAUAGGUACAACACCAUUGCUCGUGGAACUGGAGCAGACAACAGCCAGGUUUCUCAGAGUAGAAGAUGCCAUUGUUUUUGGGAUGGGCUUUGCAACUAAUGCUCUUAAUUUACCCAGUAUUGUAUCAAAAGGAUGUUUGGUGCUCAGUGAUGAGAAAAACCAUGCAUCUCUUAUUUUGGGUUUACGUCUUUCUGGUGCCACCAUCAGAGUCUUCAGACACAACAAUGUGAAACAUUUGGAAAAGUUGCUGGAAGAUGCCGUUGUUUAUGGACAGCCUAGAACAUACAGACCAUGGAAAAAAAUAUUGAUAGUCGUGGAAGGAGUUUUUAGCAUGGAGGGAUCAGUAGUACACCUGCCAGAAAUCAUAAGAUUGAAAAAGAAAUACAAGGCUUACUUAUACUUGGAUGAAGCACACAGUAUAGGAGCGAUGGGAGAAAGAGGAAGAGGGGUGUUAGAUUACUAUGGCUGUGACCCAAAAGAUGUUGAUAUUCUCAUGGGGACAUUCACUAAAAGUUUUGGUUCUGCUGGAGGGUAUAUAGCGGGAUCAAAGAAACUUAUCAGUUAUCUUCGUGUGCACAGUCAUGCUGCAUGUUAUGCAGCAUCAAUGUCACCACCUGUUAUUCAGCAGAUACUCACCUCAAUGAAAAUAAUAAUGGGAGAAGAUGGCAGCAGUGAAGGAAUGAGACGCGUUAAGCAGCUGGCAAAUAACACAAGAUAUUUUCGCCGUAGAUUAAAACAAAUGGGAGUUAUUAUCUAUGGUAAUGAAGAUUCACCCGUUGUCCCAUUACUGGUGUACAUGUUCUCAAAAAUUGGAGCUGUGGUUCGGUCUCUGAGAGCAAGGAAAAUUGCAACUGUUGGUGUAGGAUUCCCAGCCACGCCUCUAAUGGAAGGCCGCAUUCGUUUCUGCCUUUCUGCAGCACACACCAAAGAACAGCUAGAUGCGGCACUGAAAGUGAUUGAAGAAAUUUCUGACAAUUUGGGAUUAAGAUAUUCACAGCUUCCUCGCGAGAAAGGCACCAUUCAGUAUGGAGAUGAAGCAGUGGAAUGAGCAUAGUAAAACUGUUUUCAUGAAUAUGCAUUUAUUGCUCCACCAGAUGUGUUUCAGGUUAUGCUUACAGUAAUCACGAACUGACUUCCCGAUAGAUAUGUGCGACGUAUAUUCAGCAUAUUCAUGGCACAUUAUUCAUACUGUGGUUGGUGUUGCUUUUGCUGAUCCUGCUGGUGCACUUCAGUGAUAGUUCCAUUGGUUUACUGUCAUAACCUAUGAUACAUAUCAAAAAAAGUGUAAUUUAUAUCUUCACAUUUUAUAUAAACUGUGUGUUUUUGUUGUGUUAUUUAAUACAGAGUCUGCCUUUGUAUGAAAUAAGCUGUUUGCAGCGCCAUGCAUUUCUUGUUUCUUUUUAUGAAUCUGUUUGUGUUAUUUGCAGUUUUUUUUAUUAUUGAGUGUAAUUUGUCCACAAGUUUUCCAGCUUGGAAUUGAUGUACAUAUACAUAUAAGUUCUAUGAACUUUGUAUCCAUGUAUUUUUAAAUUUUUAUGCCUUUUUGAAGUAUAUGACAUGUUGUUUAACUGAUACCCAUAUAGUGCAUAUUUGGAUUGACUGAAAAAAAAUAUUGAGUGAAAGAUUGCAGUGCAAUGCUGUACUGUAAAAGUCUAGAAAAUUAUACUAAAGUAUUAUAGAAAUGCACAACUCUAAUGUUUGUAAUUCCUGUUUUGAAUGUGUGUUCAGUUCUGAGUCUCAUCAAGAUACAUAUAUAUAUUUACAGUAUGAAAUUGUUCUUUAUUGUGGAAGUAAAAGUUCUAGCUGGAAGAUUGUUUUGUUGCUCCUUUGUUUUAAUUAUGUAGAAUACUUUUUAUGGAUUUGCCCUUUCUUUUUUAAAAUUGUAUACUGGAUGACAAUACUUUCCUGAAUGGUGCCUGUGUAAUCAAAAUGGUCGUAUAUUACAAUUUGAGAGAGCUGAAAAUUGGUAUGAUAGUGAAAAUGUGACAUUGGAUAUGUUCCUUAAGAAUUCAGUGCAGAUUCUUAAUUAUGUGCAUGUUGAGCAUGCAUCCAUUACAACUGGUGACUUGGCUGAUUUUGUGCUUGUCUGUUAAUUUCAACAGUCAUUAAUUAGCGGAGUAAACCAGUUUCUGUUAUUGGUCUAACGAACUUUUUGCCACUAGAUUUAGAAUGCGUCUGUGAUAGAUAGGUCCACAGAAGUCUACAUUUAAUUUUAUGGAGAGAUACUGGAGGAAAUUAGAUUUAGAUGAGGUGCACAAUAAAGUUAAUGUAAUUUUUCGUGACACAACACAGUGUAUGUUAUAGAACACCACCCUGCAGAUCUGUACAUGUAAAAGCUUAGUUUCUCCAUUUGCUGUUUCAUUGGCAGUUUCUAAUCAAGAAUUCAAAGUUUAAGCCACAUAGAUUCUUGAAGAUCAUUGUUUUGCAAGACUGAAUUCAUUGUGGUAGGAUUUAUCAGCUUAGUAUUCAUCUCUGGGAGUGUUCUGUUUUCCAUAUACUUGUUUUUGUGUCUCCUGGUAGUUUUUUUAAUGCAACUAAUCUCUUUUCAUAAGAGUAUGGUUUUUGGUCAGAUAAGUCUUCCUACAAAUGACAAGACCCACAAAAGCUGCAUUGAUAUUUGGUUCAAGUCAUUUUAAUAAUAAAAUUGGAGGGAAAUGUUGCAUUUUAUGUGGAUGGUGUGUCUACAAAAGGGGAUCCCAUUGGUGUGUGUCUCACAUUGGUAUGGACUAGAGACUCGAUUGUGCAGAAUUUGCGAGGUAACAUUUUUUGUGAUAAUGGUCACUUGUGAGGACAUUGAAUAAGUAUCCACAUUUGGGACAGCAUAUUAUCUUAAAGUCGAAAGUAAGGAACAGAAAGAAACCAAAUUUUCCAUUCAUUAACUACUGUGUUGUCAUCUAACUUGAUUAGAUUCAUUCUGAGCAGGUAACAUGAAAAAGAUGGAGUAUCAGAAGUCAUAUAUUGCAGAAGAGUGCCUCAAAAAGUUGACUUGAAAACACAGAAAUUUUCGAAC